GUGUGUUCCAGUGGAUCGGAGCCAAAGAGGAAGAAGUUGUCAGUGACAGCUUCUGCUUCACACUCGAGCUGCGCGUGUAACAUGAAGCGUUUCCAGCCUGAAUGACUGAGCGCAGUCGGCUGUUCCUCGUUGCUGUUGCCCCCCCACACACACACACACACACUCUCAUCUGGUCAUAAGUGAACAUUUGCUGCACAUGAGCACAGGUUUAUCAUCAUCAUCAUCAUCAUCAUCCUCCUCCUCAUCAUCAGCAGCUGCAGCAGAAGAAAAGGAGGAGGACCUUUUAAGGACGUAGUUGGACUAAGUUGUCGCGCGCACGAGCGGCGGCUGCGUACCAUUUGUUUUCUCUCUCGUUCUCUCUCUGUUGUUUUUGUCUGCUUUUAUUUUCUGCCGAGGACUGAAGUUAUGACCUCGGUGUGGAAGAGACUGCAGCGCGUCGGCAAAAAGGCGUCAAAGUUUCAGUUUGUCGCGUCUUACCAGGAACUGGUUUUGGAGUGCACCAAGAAAUGGCAACCAGACAAGCUGCGGGUGGUGUGGACGAGGAGGAACAGACGCAUGUGUUCCAAGCUCCACAGCUGGCAGCCUGGAAUCAAAAACCCAUACAGAGGCAUGGUGGUGUGGCCUGUCCCGGAGAACAUCGAUAUCUCCGUUACACUCUUUAAGGAGGCCAACGCUGAUGAGUUCGAGGACAAAGAGUGGACCUUUGUCAUUGAAGGUGAGAACAAGGGGCAUCGUAAAGUGCUGGCGUCCGCUGACAUCAACCUGAAGAAGUUUGCCAGUCCCACGCCAACACAGACCGACCUGACGCUGACGCUGAAGCCGCUGUCGGUCAAAGUGGUGGAGGCCACGCUCAAGCUGUCGCUGUCGUGUGUGUUCGUCCGAGAGGGAAAAGCAACUGAUGAAGACAUGCAAAGUCUGGCCAGCCUGAUGAGCGUCAAACCCUUAGACAUCGGGAACCUGGACGACUUCAACGAGAGCGAUGAAGAGGAGGACAAGAAGUCCAUCUCAGCUGCAGUCACACACACACUAACUCGCCCAAAUCGCCCUGCUCCCCCUCCGCCCGACAUGCGACACUCCAGUGGACCCGCGUUUUCGGCCCCAGGCUGUGGACAUGAGACCGGUCCUCCCAGCCCCGUCAUCCAUUCUCGCCCUCCCUUACCUAUCGCUCCUCGUCCCUCGCCGCGUCGCUCCCGACACGCCGUCUCCACUGCUCCUGUCCAAUCAGACGUCCAGCCUUCCCCUGGCCCCUCCCCUCAGCCCUCGCCCAGGUCCAAGCAUAAAAAACUGACCGAGCCUCCGGCUUUAUCUGACCCACAACCUCAAAGCUCCCAGACCCCGGCAGAUACUCCUUCAGUCCAGACUGUGUCUCCAUCACCCACAUCCUCCACCACUGCUGCCUCCUCUUCUCUUCAUCCUCCUCCUCCAAAAACUUCGACCUCAGUGGAGCUUUCUCCAUCAGUGCCUUCAAAUCCAUCUUCUCAUGAAGGUUGUGUACAUGUUAAUGCACCUGCUAACUUGUCCCUUAAGCCCACCAGUGUAUCUGCAACUCCCUCCACUCCAUUGUCAUCCAGUCAGACUAUAAUAAUAACAUCGUCCUCCACAUCCGUCUCCCCACUGCCUCACUUCACCACUCUGACCCAUAAGUCCACCCCUGCUGCCUCUCAGCCUCUCCCCCUCAAAUCCUCCUCACCCUCAAACUCCACCCUGUCCUCUGAGCCGUCGUCCACUCACCCUCCACUCACCCGGAGCCUCUCUCAGCCGCCUUCUCUGCCCAGAAUCUUCCAGUCGGGCUCAGCGAAAGCUCCUGCAGCAUAUCAGCGGCGCCCCCCAGAGGUUCAAAGUGUAGAAGAUGCUGCUUCAGCCUCUGUCCGUUCACACAUUUUCAAACCUCAGAUUGUGAAGUCGGUUGCUCGUCCUUCUUCUCCUUCACCCUUUUCUGCUGAUGCUCCUCCUAUGGCUCUGAAACACUCCGCCCUCAAAUCUCCUCCCUCUGGCUCAGAGUCAGGUGCUAAGGGGGCGUGGCUACCGUCUGACUCUUCAACAGUUGGAGGUGACAUCACCCCUGUCCCUCUGCUGAGUAGUCCUGAUCUGGACGCACUCUGUGACCCCGUGGUUCCGAGCCUUCCCGUCUCCCUACCACACUCCUCACCCCCUCACUCCUCUUCUGUCCUCUUCUCCUCUCCUCACCCUCGGCUCACUGUCUCUCCUUCUACAGGCUCGACCUUUCCCUUCGCUCCAUCAGACAAGGAAACCACGCCGCGCCCUCUGAGCCGAGGUGAAGAAGUCAGAGUUUCCAAACCAGCCCAGGACUCACGGUCGGUCGUCACAGAAAACAAAGCUGAGCCAGCUGUGAUCAGCCUGACCGCCCCCCAAAUUUUCUGUCCCACCAGUCCCGCCCACCCCCACGCAGAGCUCAUCAUAGCCCCGCCCCCUCCGUGGCCCUUCUCCUGCAGCUCCUCCCAGAAGCCUUCCACCAAUGUGGUGGCGGCGUUUAUCACUCCCAAACCACCAGCUGAUCACAGGGAAACUGAGCCGACAAAGCCAGUGCAGGACAUCACUAGUGACGCGAAAGCUAAAAAGCCAGAGCCCGACUUUGACAGCUUCGUCCUUGAGUCGUUAAGUCAGACACACGAAUCAGGAGGCUUGUUUCUGGAAGAGGACGACUCAAAGCGCGACACCAUCAAAAGGUGUCCUGCAGGUCUUGAACUGAAAACCAAUGACAAGACCUGUGGACAGAAGGAGCAGUUAGAGGGAGCAGCGGUCAAGGAGAAGGAGGCGAGGAAGGCAGAGCAGGAGAAACACAGUGAAAAGGAAAUGCUAAAGAAACAAGAGGAGGAAAGGAGGAGGAAGGAGGCAGAGCAAAAAGCCCUGCUCCUGAAGCAGGAGCAGAGGAGAAAGCAGGAAGAAGAGAAGAAGAGAGUCUUAGAGGAGGAGAAGAGGAGGUUCCUGCAAGAGGAGGAGGAGGUCAGGAUAGAGAAGGAGUGGAUGAAACAUGAGGAGGAGAGGCUCCUCAAGGACAAAAGAGAAAAGCAGGAGAGGUGGAGGGAGGAAGAGGAGAAGAGGAAGCGAAAGGAGGAGGAGGAGGGGAGGAAGACGAGGGCACAGGAGAUAAUACUCCUGGAGGAGGAAAAGGUGAAGAUUCAGCGGGAGGAGGAGAGGAGACUUGAGAGAGAGAGAUUCAUGAGGAAGAUGAGGGAGGAAGAGGAGAAAAGGAUGGAGGAGAGGAGAGUGUUUGAGGAGCAAAAGAGGAAGAGGGAGGAAGAGAAAAAGAGGCGCCAAGACGAGGAGGCAAGAAGGAGGAUGGAGGAGAAACGCUUGAAGGAGGACAGAGAGAGAGAGCAACAGAAAAUGAAGGAGGACGAAGAGAGGAGGAAUAGGGAGGAGGUGGAGAAAAGACGUCUGGAAGAGGAGGAGAGAAAGAAAAAGGUGGCAGAAGAAGAGAGGAGGAGGGAGGAAGAGAAAAAGAGGCUUCUGGAGGAGAAAUGCUUGAAUGAGGAAAAAGAGAGGGAGCAACAGAAAAUUGAGAGGAGGAAUAGGGAGGAGGUGGAGAAAAGACGUCUGGAGGAGGAGGAGAGAAAGAAAAAGGUGGCAGAAGAAGAGAGGAGGAGGGAGGAAGAGAAAAAGAGGCUUCUGGAGCAGGAGCAGAGGAGGAAGAUGGAGGAGAAACGCUUGAAUGAGGAAAAAGAGAGGGAGCAACAGAAAAUUAAGGAGGAGGAAGAGAGGAGAAAGAGGGAGGAGGUGGAGCAAAUGAAAAGGGAGGCAGAAGAGGAGAGGAGGAGGGAGGAAGAGAAAAAGAGGCUCUUGGAACAGGAAAGGAGGACGAUGGAGGAGAAACACUUGAAUGAGGAAAAAGAGAGGGAGCAACAGAAAAUUAAGGAGGAGGAAGAGAAGAGAAAGAGGGAGGAGGUGGAGCAAAUGAAAGGGGAGGCAGAAGAGGAGAGGAGGAGGGAGGAAGAGAAAAAGAUGCUUCUGGAGCAAGAGCAGAGGAGGAAGAUGGAGGAGAAACGCUUGAAUGAGGAAAAAGAGAGGGAGCAACAGAAAAUUAAGGAGGAGGAAGAGAGGAGAAAGAGGGAGGAGGUGGAGCAAAUGAAAGGGGAGGCAGAAGAGGAGAGGAGGAGGGAGGAAGAGAAAAAGAUGCUUCUGGAGCAAGAGCAGAGGAGGAAGAUGGAGGAGAAACGCUUGAAUGAGGAAAAAGAGAGGGAGCAACAGAAAAUGAAAGAGGAGGAAGAGAAGAGAAAGAGGGAGGAGGCAGAAGAAGAGAGGAGGAAGGAGGGUGAGAAAAAGAGGCUCCUGGAAGAGAGGAGGGAGAUGGAGGAGAAAUGCUUGAAGGAGGAAAAAGAGAGGGAGCAAAAGCAAAUCAAAGAGGAGGAAGAGAGGAGAAAAAGAGAGGAGAUGGAGAAACAACAUGUACAGGAGGAGGAGAGAAAGAAAAUGGCUGCAGAAGAAGAGAGGAGGAGGGAGGAAGAGAAAAAGAGGCUCCUGGAAGAGGAGAAGAGGAAGAUGGAGGAGAAACACUUAAAGGAGGAAAAAGAGAGGGAGCUACAAAAAAUGAAAGAGGAGGAAGAGAGGAGAAAGAGGGAGGCCGAAGAAAAGUUAAAAAUCCUCAAAGAGCAAAAGGAGGCAAAAGAAAGGAUGGAGAAGCGGAAAAGGGAGGAGCAGGAAAGACAGAAAAGAGACGAGGAGAGAAGACGUAAAGAGGAGGAGGAGAGGGUGAGACUCUUAAUGGAACAGAGGGAGAGAGAAAGGGUGCAGGAAGAGGAGAGGAGGAAGAUGGAAGAAGACGAAAAGAAGAGGCAACAGCUGGAGGAGCAGAAUAGGCUGGAAGCAGAGAAGAAGAAAGGAGAGGAGUUAAAGAGGAGAAAGGAAGAGGAGGAGAAGAGAAAGAAACAGGAGAAGGAGGAAGCAGAGAGGAGAAUGAAGGAGGAAGAAGAGAGGCUACAAGAGAAGGAAGAGGAGGUGAUGAGACUCAGGGAGCAGGAGGAGGAGAAGAAGAGGAGGAGGAAGGAGGAACGAGCAGCUCCGGCCUGCAGUCCAGAGGUCAACAGGUCAGAUGAGGACAAGGAGAAGAUGAGAACUGUGGUUUCUGCCUCUCCUCCUCCUCCACACGGCGUCACUCGCACACUUCCUCCCGGCCUUGCUGCUCACUACCUCCCCCUUCUGAACAAAACCAGCGUUGCACCUGAGAACCUGAGCCAGUUACAGUCAGGACAGUCAGUUCACAAACCAAACUCUGCCUCCAUUAACAAAGACAGUCUGGUGCAGCCGUCUCUCGUUAACGAAGGUUCACUGUCAAAAAGCGUUGUCGUCCCAGAAAACAAAACAUCCGCUCGUGCAUGCGCUUAUCCGACUGGAGCUGGCACCCGCUCAGGCCCCACUGUUCAGCCUCCUGAGGGUAAACCAUUCACGGUAGAGGUCUUGACCCUGGUGCCACCUCCAAAGAGGGUGUGUGAUGCAGAGGUUCCUCUGUGGAAAGUGCUAGAGGAGAGAAGUGGGCAAGAUACGCCUGAAAAUAUCUCUGCCAUGGAGGGUACAAAACCUUUGUGCAGAGGAGAUGCUGCAGCUGAGGCGGAUGCUGCCGUCAGCCAAGAAAACCAGCCAAUCUCAUCCAAAGACUCAGAAACACAUCACACAGGAACAUCUCCUGAGGAGCCCAAAGAACCAAAGGGGCUUCACGUGGAACCGGCAACCCCAGUCCAGGUUUCCACCAAACCAGCCAACGAGCGCACGGCUCUGGCCCUGGGGACGCUGCUUCCCUCAAAACCAGAACCAGGACUGCGGCCGGAACCGGCCUCCCAGCCGUCGGGAGAACCACAACAGGAAGGAGCCGAGGGGAAGAAAGCGUCUGACAGCGCGGCCGGUGGUGAGGAGAGCUCUGUCAACAACAAGGAGCCAGUGUGCGAGGCGGAAAAGCAGCUGUGGGCAGCUGUGGAGGAGACCACAGCCGAGACGGUGGAGAGCGAGGGGAGAAGUGAAGAGAAGGAUGAUCAGGAGCGAGAGGAGGGUGGAACGGGGGGUGCACACAUAGAGGCAGACGUGUGUGUUGCCGAGCAGCAGAAGGAGGCGCCUGCUGGCUUUAUGUCAGCAGUCGUUGGUGUGUUGUACAGAGGCUAUGAGACCGUGACCUCCAUCCUGCACACGACGGGAUCCACCGAAGCAGGUCGGGAUCCGCACCUCUCCGCAGAACAGCCGUGGCUCCUUUUGACUAAUGAAGGUCAGCUGCGUUUACGUGAAGUCGACGAGGAGCCAGAUGAAGAGCCCCUGAUUGCAGCUGGUGUGGACAUUUCACCACCCACAGCCUUCUCUGACCAAACUGAGAGUCACAUGAUUAGUGAAGAGAAGAUUUCCGACACCGAGUCAGCUCAGAAACCUGAGCGCGUCACUUUAGUGGAGCCACCUGGACUAAGUCUCGUGGCAAGUCUGCGACUGGCAGCCAGCGAGCAGGAGAGGGAGAGGUUAGAGAGAGAGAGGAUAGAACGCCUGGAGAGGGAGGAGGCAGAGAGGAGAGAGAAAGAGAGGCUGGAGCAGGACAAGAAAGAAAGGGAGAAGUUGAGACGGGAGAGGGAAGAAAUGGAGAGGAAGGAGAAAGAACGGAUGGCGAGAGAAGAGAGGUUGGAACAGGAAAGGAAGGAAAGCGAGAGGUUGAGAAAGGAGAGAGAAGAUGCGGAGAGGAGAGAGAAAGAGAGGCUGGAACAGGAAAAGAAGGAAAAGGAGAUGCUGAGAAAGGAGAGAGAAGAUGCAGAGAGGAGAGAGAAAGAGUGGCUUGAGCAGGAAAGGAAGGAAAGAGAGAGGUUGAGGACGGAGAAAGAAGAGAUGGAGAGGAAGAUUGAUAGAAUGGAGAGGGAAAAAGAGACGGAAGGGCUGAAAAAGCAGCAAAAGAGAGAAAAGGAACAGCGGAGGGCAGAUGAGGAAGAAAGGUCUAAGGACAAAAAAGGAGAUGUGGAAAGAAAGAAAGCAACACAGAGUCAAAACACAAUGUUUGAAUCUACAUCAGUGCAAAGCAACCAGGUCGUUGUAAACAUCCAGUCAGCUGACUGGCCCCCACUUAGAGAGGCAGAACUUGACGACAUUGCCUAUGAUGAAAGGCUGCAGAGCAACGAAGAGGAGCCACAAUUUAAACCCGAUCCCAAAUCAUUGAAUACAGUCAAACCAGUUUCUGUCCCCGUAGCCAGCCCGACAAAUAAACCCGACUCCAGAUUAGACAAACCCGAGGCCUGUGGCACUGUUGUUGCCAAACACCUGAGUAGUUCUGGUUCAGGAUCGGUUAACCGAGCAAAAUCCAACCAAAAAUCCGGUGCCAUCCCAGUGUGGUUGAGGGAGGAGGAGGAAGAGGAGGUGGAGUUUGAGAGAGGACAGGAGGAUCUUGGCUCCAUCUGGCUGGCUGAGCUGUACAUGGAGGGGGAAGCAGGACCAGGGCAACAGUCCCCCGCUGUAACCCAGAUGCCCACUGCGCCGCCCUUCGUCCGACAAGCCCUUUGCGCUGCUGCCAAACAGCCGGAAAAACCGGAACAUUCUGACUCCCCAACCCGUCGCACUGACCGUCAACCUCUCACAAUCAAAGGAGAACGAGACGAUGACGCAGCCAAUGAGCAGGGAGAGCGAUUUCAGUCAUCGGUGGUUCACUGGCCGCCCCCUGCUGGCAAAAGCACAUUUAGCACACACUGUGACAUGAAACGCACCAAGACGCACACCGACACACAGAUACAUACAGAUUCAUGCAAGAGUCUCGAGAGGGGGGCCAAUGAAGACACAAACGCCAACAAGAGCCAAAGCUUGAAUAAGCACGUGCAUCCAACAAAGACGGAGAGCGCACCAGCGGACACUCCGCCUGAUCACGACAAUCUCGUCAAACACCAACUGCUACAAGACGAAGAGAAGUUCUUGUUGGCUAAAAUCCAUCUGAUGUCAGGUGACACGUCUCCUGUCAUCAGCCCUCGCAGUAUGAAGCGCCUUAUCCCUGCCCCCGGUGAUAUUGAUAUCGAUGCCUCUGAAAACUCUUCAGAAAAGACUGAUCCGAACCAGGACUCAACGCUUCCCCACUUUGAUGAGCUGCAGGAAAUACCUCUCACUGAGACGGAGGAGUCAGUGGUAGAGGAGGACGUCCUAAAACAGCCGCCACAGCACGGAAACACGUCCACCCACAAGGACAAACACGCCGACACACACGUCCCUCUUUCCUAUCACUGUGAGAUGAAGACACAUUUGCUUCCUACGCUGAUAGAAGAAGAAACCAGUGAAGCAGAUCGCGCUCCAACAGUCAGAGAGGAGGCUGAUGGGAAGGACGACACAGCAGAGGACCUGGUGAACUCCAGCCAGUCGCUGCUUCAGUGGUGUCAGAACAUCACCAGCCAAUACAAACGGGUGAAGGUCACCAACUUCAGCACGUCCUGGAGAAACGGCCUGGCUUUCUGUGCCAUCCUACAUCACUUCCACCCGGACAAAAUAGAUUUUGACCAGCUAGAACCUCAUGACAUCAAGCUCAACAACAAGAAGGCUUUCGAUGGUUUCGAGGCGCUGGGCAUCUCUCGUCUGUUGGAGCCGUCCGACAUGGUUCUCCUGUCCAUCCCCGACCGGCUCAUAGUCAUGACCUACCUCAGCCAGAUCCGCUCGCACUUCACCAACCAGGAGCUGAGCGUGCUGCAGAUAGAGCACAACAGCAGCCAGUCCAGCUAUGGCCUCGCCCUCUCUGGUCCCGCGCCCACUAAUGUCGACGCUGCCGCCUUCUGCAUGGCCAGACUCAACGAAGGAAUGAGUCUGGAGGAAGGAGGGGGAGGAGGCAGCGCGUUGGUCGUCCCACCACCAAGGACCAAGCGAGUGGUUAAAGCUGACGAGUCAAUAAGUCCAGUCCCACCCCCAAGAUCUGUCACCAAGACGUCUGGACUCACUCAGGAUGAAAACACAACAACAGACUCUGCAACAGAGUUGCAGAAAGUCACAGAAAGUGAACCUACCAAGCAAGAGGCUGAGACAAUGUGUCUGCAGGACACCAGUCAGUAUGUGCUGAGUGAGCUGGCCGCUCUGGAGACCGAGCAGAAGCACAUUGACAGCAGAGCUGCCGUCGUGGAGCGACGACUGCGAAGCCUCAUGGAAACAGGAAGUGACCGUGAUGAAGAGGAGAGGCUGAUCCAGGAGUGGUUCACUCUGGUAAACAAGAAGAACGCUCUUAUACGCAGACAGGACAACCUGGAACUACUGCAGGAGGAGCAGGAUCUGGAGAGGAGGUUUGAGCUCCUCACCAGAGAACUCCGGGUCAUGAUGGCGAUAGAAGAUUGGCAGAAAUCGUACACUCAGCAGCAGAGGGAGCAGCUGCUCCUGCAGGAGCUGGUGUCGUUGGUCAACCAGCGUGACGAGAUCAUCAGAGACAUUGAUGCCAAAGAGAGAGUGGCGCUGGAGGAGGACGAGCGUCUGGAGCGUGGUCUGGAGUUGAGGAGGAAAAAAUACAACAACAAAGACAAAUGUGUCCUUCAGUGAGCGGCGACGUCGAGCACAAACACACUGCUGAACCUUUGAAGUUGUGACUUCUAGGAUUUUUUUUUUUUAAAUUUGAAUUUCAGUUUGUGUGCACAUUUUCCUGGAGAACUGCUAGAUUUAUUUUUGUUUCGUUCACGUUUGAAUUUUAAUCACUGUCUUAACGCGAUCGCGUUCCGUUUCAUUUCAGCUGCUUUUAUUUAUUUUAACGGUUAUUUUUAUUGCCGUACAUGUUGCACAUGUGGCGUUUUGUGUGUUCUAUUCUUUCGUGAGUUCAUUCAGUAUUCGAACACUGGGGUUUUCUUGUUUGUUUGUUUGUUUGUUUGUUUUGGAGGGCGUAGCGUUUCCUGUUGUCGUGACAACUUGUCAAACUUAAAGCAGAGCUGUGACUUUUGAGGUUAUGACAGUCUUUUUCUAGUAUGCACAGAUUAAAAAAAAAAGAGAGAGUUUUCAGAAAUGAAAAGUAUGCGUAAACAUGCCGAGUGCCUUUCUGAUACAAAUCAUCACAUGUAAUAAAUCAUGAGCUGGACUCAAACCCACUGUGUUGGUUGUCAAGUUAAGCGACAUGUUUUCAACUGCAGUACAAGCCCAACAUCUUAUUUUGAUGAAGCCUGAAAGCAUUUCCACAUAUUGCAAUAUUUUACUUUUUAGAGGUUGGAGAUAAAAGGUCGUUUUUUAGGACCGAUUAUAGAUUUAUUUAUUUAUUUUAGUUCACACUCUGAGAGCCUUUAACUAAGCAAAGUGUGUACAGUUGUGAUGUCUGUGUAGUUUGACGAACGUGUGCUGAUAAAGUGGUACUGAUCUGCCUCACAGCUUCUCUGUCCGCCAAUCACGCUGUGUUUUAAGUUGAAGGAUGAUGUUGAAGAGUAUGAUGGGAAAAAAAUAAAUAUUGGUUUGUCUCUUAA